GAUGUGUUUUGGCCCUACUGUAUCGAUUCUGACAGUGAUAAUUGGGAAGCUCCUCCGCCAUAUAAUGUCCAAGAGUUGAUCCCGUCUCUGACGACACCUCGGCUGAGCAGCUGGCGUAAGACCCUCCUCAGCGAUGCGAAGAACCGGCUUGCUAUCUCAAGUUUUGCCAGCGAGUCAUAUACGAAGACUCUCACCAGCCAGGCCGCUCUGAAUGCAGACCAGCAGAUAUUCAAUCUCGCAGUGCCACUAGAAGGCACACCGAUCACGAACCAGCGCUCUUCUGGCCGUUGUUGGCUAUUUGCCUCGACAAAUAUCUUCCGCGUCCCCAUCAUCAAAGCAUACCAGCUGCACGACUUUGAGCUCAGUCAGGCCUACCUCUUCUACUGGGACAAGAUCGAGAAGUCGAACUACUUCUUCGAGCAGGUCAUUGCAACCGCUGGUGAAGAUAUCUCUAGUCGCCUGGUCCAAAAGCUUUACUCAGACCCAGUCUCCGAUGGAGGCCAAUGGGACAUGGUCGCGAACCUGGUACACAAAUACGGAUUGGUGCCACAGGCUCUCUACCCCGAUGCAUACCACGCACAGAACAGUGCGAAGAUGAACUGGCUGUUGACAGCAAAGCUGCGAGAACAGGCCUUGGUUCUACGUCGCCUGGCAGCUGAUGGAGAAACAAAUGCCCUAGCUUCCAAGAAGGAGCAGUUCCUGCAAGAAAUCCACUCAAUCGUCACUCUUCUUCUGGGUCCUCCCCCUAGCCCGGAUGAGCCUUUCGUCUGGCAAUACAAGGAUAGCAACGGUAAGGCUCAUGAGGUGCGGAAGACUCCGGUCGAAUUUGCCCAGCAGGCGAUUCAGUUAUCUUCGUCGGCACGUUCUCGCUCGUCCGUAUCGCCUGGGGAACUUUUCAGUCUGGUCAACGACCCGCGCCAUGAGUACAAGCAGCUUCUCACUAUUGAUAAACUGGGCAAUGUGGUUGAGGGACACCCAAUCCGAUAUGUAAAUGUAGAUAUUCAGACCCUGAAGAACGCAAUCAUUGCGAUGCUCAAGGCAGGACACCCUGUUUUCUUCGGCUGCGAUGUCGGAAAAUUCUCCGAUAAUGGCACGGGUGUUAUGGAUACCGAGAUCAUUGACCUUGCUCUUGGAUUCAAUACGAAGCUCGGACUGAGUAAGGCCGAACGGAUUGAGACCGGUGAAUCGUCCAUGACACAUGCCAUGGUUAUCACGGCUGUACACCUCGAGGAUGGAAAACCGGUUAGAUGGCGUGUGCAGAACUCUUGGGGUGAGACAGCCGGUGACAAGGGUUGGUUCGUCAUGACAGACCGGUGGCUCGAUGAAUAUGUUUUCCAGGCAGUUGUUGAUCCAAAGUUCGUUCCCGCAGAGGUGCGAGAUAUUCUUAAACAGACCCCGAAGGUGCUGCCUCGAUGGGACCCUAUGGGUGUGCUUGCAUAA